CCGAUCCAUGUGCAUCGUCAUCUUGUAGUGUAAAGCACCAGAAAAAGAACCCUCUUUGCACGGUCGUCUUGUUGGGCAACCCGAUUAGAGGCAUUUCGUUCUUUGAUUUUACCAGAGAGAUCGGUUCAAGAAUCAUCGAAGGAGUAAAAAUGAAACGUGAUCUAGCGCUCGCACGCGAUUCUGUCCAAAGCAACGCGGAGAGCGCCCGUCGAAAAGCAGAUGAUGCCUGUGCGUCUAGCUCCUCCGCCGCUUCGACGGGUAGUGACAACUACGAUGUGUUCUUGAGCUUUAGUGGUCAGGAUACUCGCAAAACCUUUGCGGAUCACCUCUACAACGGCCUCUUCGAUGCCAGCAUCCGCGUGUUCAGAGACAACAAUGAGCUACGCGAAGGUGAGAAGAUCGGCACCAAUCUUCUCCAGGCCAUUAAAAAUAGCAAAAUCUCGAUCCCGAUUCUCUCUCAGAACUACGCUUCGAGCAAAUGGUGCCUUCACGAGCUCGUUGAGAUGACAGAGUGCAUCAAAAGCGGGCACGUUGUUUUGCCCAUUUUUUACCACGUUGAACCGACCGAUGUGCGAAACCACAAAGGGAGCUUUGGAGAGGCUUUCUCCUGUUUAAGUAGGAAGUAUCCGGAAGAUGUUGAGAAAUGGAAAGUAGCACUUCAAGAAGUGGCUUCCCUAAAGGGAUGGGAAUCGGAGAAAACUGCUGACGGUCGCGAAGGAGAUCUGGUGAAAAUGGUGAUCAGAAAAGUAUUGGGUGAGUUAAAGAAGGCUUUCCAGCUGGUUGUUCCCGAGCAACUCGUCGGAAUCGAUAAUGCUGUGGAGAAUGUUUUGAGAUUGCUGGAUGAUAAUCCCGAUGAUAAUCCCAGUUCUGCCAAAAUUGUUGGUAUUCAUGGAAUGGGGGCAUCGGUAAAACAACUUUAGCCAAGGCCGUCCACAAUAAGCUCUCCAACCAAUUUCAGCAUCAUAGUUUUAUUGCAGAUAUUCGAGAAUCCUCACGACGCCAUGACAUUUUUUAUUCGCAGAAUCAUUUAAUACGUGAUCUGAAAGAGAAAGACCAAGUGUCUAAUAAGGAUGAAGGAAUCAGCAUCUUGGGAUCUAGAUUUAAACGUAAGAAAGUCCUAAUUCUUCUAGAUGAUGUGGAUGAUAUCGAGCAUAUCAGAGCUUUGGUUGGGAAAUAUGACUGGUUUGAUAUGGGAAGUAGGAUAAUAAUCACCACAAGAAGCAGGUCUGUUCUUGAUAAAGCUGAGGUGAAAUGCAAGUACGAACUCGAGGGAAUGGUUAAGGAUGAAUCUUUGGUAUUGUUUAGUAGACAUGCCUUUAGGAGGGACUCUCCUCCGUAUGAAUUUGAAUCUCUCUCUCGUGCUAUCGUGUCCACUACCGGAGGGCUACCCUUAGCUCUCGAGGUUAUAGGUUCGUUUCUGUGUGGACGGAACCAAGCAUUUUGGCAAGAUGCGUUAAAGAAGUUUCAGAAAGUACCACAUGAGAAAGUGCAAGAGAAAUUGAAGAUAAGUUACGAUGCAUUAAACUAUGAGGAAAAACAGAUAUUUUUGGAUAUCGCUUGGGACUUUCAGAUGGAUAGGGCCAGAUGGGCUUUCCACAUGUGGGAUGCUUGUAAUUUUUUUCCGAAUAUGGUGAUUGAAACAUUGUGUUUUAUGUCGCUAAUAAAAAUUGGAGAUGAUGAAAUGCUGCAAAUGCAUGACCAACUGAGAGAUCUUGGUAGGGAAAUUAUUCGUCAAGAAGAUUACCAUGCUCCUAUGAAUCGAAGUAGGGUGUUGCUCUAUGAGGAAGACUUUAAAAUAUUUCAAAGAAAUAAGGGAAUUGAAAAUCUUAACGUUCAAGCCCUUGCUCUCAAAGGAGAUAGCUCGCAGAGUGAAUUCACAACUGAACAAUUUGAGAAACUACUGAACUUAAGAUGCCUUGUGGUGUUAGAUGCAAAACUGAUUGGAGAUUCCAAAAUCUUGCUUCCCAAGUUACGAAUCCUUAAGUUGGACGGAUGCAGAUUCAUGGCUACUAAAUUUCAUAUGGAAAAAUUAGUCGUACUUUUGUUAUCAAGAAGUGACAUUUCAGAGCAUUGGGAAGGUUGGAGUUAUCUCAAGGUGGCGAAGCAAUUGAAAGCUCUAGUUCUUACAAAUUGCCCUCGUUUAAGAGUUACUCUUGAUCUCUCGACCUUUCGACAUUUAGAGAUAUUAAUCAUCAAAGAAUGUGGUAAUCUAGAGCUAAUCCAUCCUUCUAUUGGAGAAGCCAAGGGCCUUAGUUUUUUGAGCUUGGAUGGGUGUGUAAAACUUCGAGAGCUACCCCAAGAAAUGGGUAAGUUGGAAGAACUAAAGGAACUUUACAUAGGCAAGACUGCUAUAGAGGAAAUUCCUCCAUGUAUAAGUUCUUUGAAGAAGCUGAAAAUUCUUCGUGCCAAUGGUUGCGAAUCAUUGGUUGGAAUUCCUAGAUCAAUUAGCCAUCUGGUAAAUUUAUCAAUUUUUGACCUAACUAAUUGCUCGAAAUUAUGUAGACUUCCAGAGAGCAUCGGAUCCCUUGUGAACUUGCAGCAACUACUUUUAAGGCGAGCGCAAUUUUCAGGAGAUUUACAUAUCCCCAACUCAAUUGGGAAGUUGGAAUGGUUGACAAUAUUGGAUUUGUCAUUUUUAGGCAUUUGUAAAUUGCCUGAAUCCAUUGGGGAUAUGAAAAACUUGACAAUUUUGACAAUACAUUGUUGUGAGAACUUGAGUAGUUUACCUAGUACUAUUAGCAAGUUGGGCAACCUAGAACAAUUUUAUGUGACGGGGUGCAAGAGUUUGGGAGGGGAAAUCCCUACAGAUGGGUUGUCUUCACUAAAGAUCCUUCGAUUAUGUGAGACAAGUGUUUCUGGCUUCCUCGGUGGAUUUGAUAAGCUUUCUCGUCUUGAGAAACUUGAAGAAUUAGAUGCCAAAAAAUGCAAGAAUCUCGGAGGGGAAAUCCUUAUAGAUGGCUUGUCUUCACCGAGGAUCCUUCGAUUAGGUUGGACAAGUGUUUCUAGCUUCUCGAUGCAUUCAAUAAGCUUUCUCGUCUUGAGAAACUUGAAGAAUUAGAUGUAACGGAAUGCAAGAAUGCG